GGAGUUUCUCGUUGCUCGCGGCCACGGCAGAGGGGGGCAGGGGUCGGCAUGGCAGCGGGGCAUCUGCAGCAGUUCUGGGGGUCGGCGGGGCUCAGCCUGUCCCGCGGAGUGCUGAUGAGUCGCUUCGCUGCUCUUCGGCCUCUCGGCCUUUUGGUCCCGCCGCGGCCUAGGCCGCUAGUCAUCGGGAUCCGCGGGCUGGCAGACGAGAGUGGUCUGGGCGAGAACCCUUUCUUCGAGAAAUACCGAACUAAGAUCCAAGAGCUUCGCAGAUCCAAUCCAGAUCUUUUUGAAUCUCGCAUGGAGCAAAAGAAAGAUUUGAAAAAGCAGCCAGUGGGAUUCUCAAAACAGGCAGAGUUUGUCAGAUGCAUGGAGGAACAGACUGCAAAAGCAGGAGAAACUAAAGCAGGAUUCACAAAAAAUAAGACACUUGAUUCUAUUCUUAAUGUUGAGAUGAUGAAACAGAAGAGGCCUGAAGAAAUAAAGCAGAUAUGGAAGCAGUAUUUUUCUGGAGAAGACACAGUUUAUGCUGUUAUUCCUGGAAAAACUUUUGAUGUCAUCUGGAAACGAGUUCAAAAUUGUCCAUCUUUUCUUUAUGCGCUGCCAAGGAAGGAUGGGUAUGAAUUUUUUGUUGGACAGUGGUCAGGAACAGAACUUCAUUUCACUUCUCUGAUAAACAUUCAGGCUCAAAGUGAUGCUUCUCCCAGCCAGAUGAUUUUGUAUCAUUAUCCUGAACUUCAAAAGGAAAAAGGAAUUGUACUGAUGACUGCAGAAAUGGAUUCUAAAUUCUUGAAUGUACAGGAAGCCCAGUGCCUUGCCAGCCAGGUUCAGCUUUUCUAUGCCACAGACCGUCAAGAGACCUAUUGGUUGGUGGAAACAUUUAACCAUCAGCCAAAUGAAUUUAAAUAUAUGUCUGUAAUAAGUGAGCUUGAACAGAACAGAAUUGGGCAAGAGCUGAGGCCUCAGGAAGAUGUGCCCUCACCAACCGCUUGAGAGGUGUAGCGGCUUUAACCAAAGACCACCGGCGUGGCAAGACAUACCACCAGAGUUGCUGUUUUUUCUCCAGAAAGUGUCAUUAGAAACGAUGCCCUUGGGACUCAGUUGGGAAAAGAAUCAGUUAUAAAGGGAACUACUCAAUACUGUGACAAUGUAGAGGCCCUUGUCCAUUUUAUAUCUGAAUGCUAGAAGAAUGGAUAAGCAUUUAUGAACACUAUAUGAAUCAUUUGAAAUUUCCUCCUCCCAGUUGCACACGGCUUAUUGGGUUUUAGCGUUUUUGAAGUUUCCAUAUGUCUGUUGUUCAGCAAAAAAUGAAACUGAAAAAAAAGAAGAACCAAGAGGGCCUUUUCACAAUGGGUAUGAAAAUUCCCUGGACUUAAUUAAAAAGUAUUUUACUGUGAGUGACAUGCUAUCAUUUUCAGCCUGCAUGAGAAGAAGUUCCCACCUCUUGAAACAGAAAUUCAGAACAAGACCAAAGCCCAAACAUGUCUAAAAAUGUAUCAGCUAAAAAUGUGAGGUAAUUUGGAAAAAAAAAUGUACUGGAGUGAGAUCGAUUUGAAAUGAAAGACUGUUGAGUAUUUAUAACUGUUAAUCUCUGUAAUUCUAAGCAGUGGGAUAAUAUUGGGAUAACGAAGUUGUAGGAGAAAAACAUAUUGAGACCUUUAAUUGCAAAAAAUGGGAAUUCUCCAUAUUUUUUUCAUCUUAGAAAUUACCCAACAUAUGCCAAAACUGGAUCUAACAUCACCUUUGCUCUUCAUUCAUGAAAAUAGAGUGUACUUUCUAUUGCUUUACUUUCUCUGACUUUUCCUGCUUUUGUAAUGAAUCACUUCACUGAUAAUGGGAGCAAGAAAAAAGGCACAUAUCGGAAUAGGAGCCAGAUGGACUCCUUUUCUUGGGCUUGCUUCAAAAUUAAAUAUUGUUAAGGAAUACUGCCAAAUAUUUUAUUUAAAUAAGAUGGGAAAAGCAUUUGGAGAUUCUGAGAAUAUUUCCUAAAGAUUUCCCUCUGUGUUUUAAUUAUGUAGUCCAGCUUAUGUUCACCUAUUGAACAAUACAUGCUGUCAAGAAAAUCCCAAAUUAAUUUCUCAGGCGAAUUGUUCAGAACAUGUUAUGUGAUUCUCAUUCUCUAAAAACCAAAGCAUUGUAAAGACAUAAAUGAAAAUUAACACAUGCAUUGAUUAAUUUAUGAAAUCUAUAUUUUUGCUUUGGAAUUAAAACAGUAUUCUGCAGA